GAACAAUUCUAAAAGUGCUAGAGUGAUUGCGGUGUGUCUUAUUCAUUUGUUUUAAAAUUCCGGCAUGUUUCUGAAAAAGGAUGAUGCCAUUUUAAUACGCCCGUUUGCCGAAUGCCCGGGCAGAUGAGUCUCAAAACAAACAUUGAGUCUGCAUCGAAACUGUAAAGACCGUGGUCGUUGCUUACUCGUUUGCCUCUGCACCACACAGCGGGAGCCCCAGCCCGUCGAGUAUCGCCCGCUGAGAUUUUCCUUGGCCUUCCGCCAUUUGAAGAGCUAGAAAAUAGCUUACCGAUUACGCCAUCGUUCCGUUCGUGGACAGUCAAUAGUCAAAGCAGUUAAUGAACGCACUUUGAACUGAAAUCCUGCGAUUUCUCAUCCCAGUGGACGCCAUCUUUCGUUCGUCUCCUUUCUUCAUGGCCCAAAUCGAAAAGACUAUCGACAACCGGAAUGAUCCUGUAGAUUCAUCGGUACAUAGUUCCCGAAGAGUUCGUCCGUUUCGUAGCCAUCACCUGUACGAUAGUUUGAGCGAAAUACGCGAGUCUUCAAUGGCGACAGAAGACUGGGCUGCAAUGGAGGACGAAGAGUUCCUGGGGGAGUACAUGGACACCUCAUCUAUUGAAGUGGAUCAGAUAGACAAUAGCCAUUUGCCCAAUGCCAUUUAUUCGAACGAUGAGACGACAACAAGUCCAGUCAAUCAAAAAUGGUCCAAUCAUCAAGCCGACCUCGUUUCUAGCCAGAGCACCAGCACUGAAGGCGAAUGUCGUCAAAAGAAAGUCAAUAAAAUGAAGUUGCUGGUACGGAGUCAUGCCUUACGUGAAGCUGCAUCCCCGCCUCCAGAUUCGCCUUCACCUCACUUUAAUGCUACAAACAAUGGCUCAUCUCCUGACGAACAGCAACAUAAUCAGCAGGCAUCUCUGGUCAUCACGGUCGUCGAGAGUAACGACGAGACUUCUUCAAAUCACCAACAAGAAAUUGCACCUAAUCGACUUCGUCCUCGAGUCCAGGUGGGGAGUUCGCAGUGCAGCGUUGAUAGCACGAGCUCGUUUGUUUCGUUUUCACUAUCACGUGAUUCUAGCACGGAAUUAACUAACGGGAACGAUGUCUACCUUACCGUCGGUUCUCAUUUGUACACGGACAAUACGGGCGUUGACUUGCAGCACUUUAUUGUUGAAACAUUACACCGCAAUUACAAAGAUAGGAUGACGCUAUUACGUAUCGAACAGGACAUGAUCGCACUCGUUCGCGAUGCCAAGCGCACCUGUCACCGGUUCCCCGCCAUGUCCUCCUAUCACCGCAUGCUCGUCCACCGGGUCGCCGCUUAUUUCGGCAUGGAACACAACGUCGACCAGUCUGGUAACUGCGUCGUAGUGAGCAAAUCACGUCAUACGCGGUUGCCGGAGGUUGCAUUCAAAGAGUACGUGCGCGAUGAUAUCGUUUUACCCGAGGAGCCCAACAGAAAACUGAAUCCCAAAAGAGAAACGGUUUCGUUCGAAGAGCCGCACAGUGGUAGUAGCAACAAGUUUACCCGUUCACCGGAAAACAGAAGUAAGAGCCUAGAAGAACGUGAUGUGGGCAUGGAGAGUAGACCAAAGAACCGUGCCUUUCAACCUCAAGUGACGUUGGUCCCAGAAGGAACUUGUGCUGAAGGAUCGCCACCGGUUGCAAUGGGAGCUAGGAGGAAGGAAAAUGUUUCGGAAUCGGUAUCCACAUAUGUCACUCCUACAACUUCACGCACAAAUAGCGAAGAGAUUCAAACACUUCGAUGGCCCAAGCGGUUAACCCAGGGAACACUCCGCACCAACCGCAUUCCUAAGGUGGAGUCAUUUGAUAGCCGCGAUCUUCUCGGCAGUUACGGCAACACUUUACGUCCUACCGUCGCUAAAUCUUACAGUUUUGGUGGAUAUACGGCAACCUGUGCAUCAGAGGCUAACGGGGCAGCCAUACGAGCAGACGAAAACGUGGUCAGUCCGUCUGUUCAUCAACAACCCAUUCUCAACCAUCACAGCGGUCAUAACUAUGGCUCUCGGUUUUUAUCGAAACAAGUACGUUCAAGCGAGGAUUCAAAUGCAAGUUCGAUCAGUAUUUCACGCUCCAGUCCUACAAGCUCCGGAUACAAGUCCCAACAUUCAGCAGCUCCUUCUCCUACUCCUGUCGCCAAUAGCCGGAUGAUUCCGCUCCGAACACAGACGACAUCAUGUAACAGUAGUAUGGAAUCUCAAUGUGCUGCUGGUUGCCAAGAAUGGAAUCAACCUGGUGCAAAUGCAGGCAAUUCCAGUUCAGGAGCUGUAACCGCUGCUACUGAAACCGUGUCUAGUAACACCUCCACUAGUAAUACAACUCUGCUGUGGGCAGUGACCAGUUUGGAUGAUGUGCCAGCUGGUAGCAUUCUCAUCAAUCCACAAACUGGACAGCCUUUUUAUAAUUCUGAUGGCUCUGCAUACAGAUACAACCCACACUUGCCACUACCGUUCCAGGUUGAAGUGAAUGUUGCUGAUAAUCCAAACAGUGAAAUAACUGGAGAAAUCCAACAGCCAGAGCCUUACGAAUCUUAUGAUAGACCUGAAGUGAAAACAGAAAGCGGGGAGAGCACAGCAAUGACAUCUGUUCCUGUGUAUUCGAGUUGGCCACAACACUGUUAUGAGACUCCUAUAUCACCAACUUUGACUGCUUCGUAUAUUAACCAGCCACAGGCGUAUUUUGCUCCAGAGUUUACCUCGUUUCACUCUACAAACGGAGCGACUGCAGCACCCGAUCCUCAACCAAAUGGCUACUUCGUUGCCCCUACAGUUACUUCUUCGGCUUCUUUCGAUGACCAAAUGAAAGGGAAUUGUGUUGCUGUUCCAGUUGCCCAUGGACAUGGCUAUGUACUCUAUCAAGCCUGUUUAGGCCCUUCAGGUGACAAUGGCACAAUAAUCGAUGCCAACGACUUGUACUCGGCCAUGAAGAAUUUAAGUCUUAGACCAAUCGGAGGAGUCCCACCGAUGUCUUAUACUGCGGCUUUAACCGAUAAUUUAGCCCAGCAUGUUGAAAUGGCUCCGAAUGGGCCAUUUGUGACCACAGUUCCUAUUAGAUCAGUUCCCAACGGGAAAAUGCAAGCCACUUGUAACAACUUGCCACCUCGGUCUGGAUCGACUCCCCCAACUGUUGUAACGAGCGCACCAGCGGCAUCAUUGGCAUCCAAUCCUUACCUAGCAUCCAUUCGAGUUCAAAGUAAUGGUCAAAUAAUGCAUCACCAAAUACAGCAGCCUUAUAACGGAACUGCAAAUGUUGCGGUUGCCCCAUACCAUCCAUCAGUGGUUUAUCCAUUGAUGAAUUCUGCCACGCAUUCACAAGGCAACAGGCAACAUUAUUUUCCGUCCAGCCUAGUUCACCAUCAGUUUAACAAUGCGCAUUAUGUAUCAUCGCCGUGGUCAUUGGUGACAAACGCCUCGGCAACCAAUCGUGGCACGCCUGAGAGAGAACCAGUUAACGUUGAAAUGCCGUCCAAUCGAAUAGUGGCAGCCCCUCACUCGCCUAAUCGGCUCUCGUGUUUAUACGGACCUUCACUCCCGUCACCAUUUCUUGCAGGAGAAUGUGGAGCAAUUCGACAGUCAUCAACUGUACUCCAUCGACAGUUUUCACUUCCAGCGCCAGCUCCAACGGCCACGUAUACGUUAAGACCUCGCAUACAGCAACAGCACAUGCCUGUCUCAAGUUUGCAACGUCCUACAUCAUCUUCUGUUCAGAAUCAGAGUGGCAUCUUAGCGUUUAAUUCCUCACGACAUGUGAGAACAAGACGCCAAGUUUUCCGGCCUCAUACCGGUUUCACGACCGAUCCUUCCUCUGUUAUGCAGAGUCAUUCGUCCUCACCUGUUCAGCAGUUUCCUUCACCGACGAGCUAAACAGUGUAAAGUAACAAUUUAACACCUGAUAGCUAGUAAAUAAUUCGUUUAUUCGGGUAGCCAUUCAUCCAAUUAUGUUGGACACAGUUUGGCUCACGUUAUCCCCGGAGUUUUCCUUGAAUAGUUAGGUAAAUCAAGUGAUGACCAAAACGUUUCGAAAGCUAUAUUUAUACAAUGAUAUAGUUCUCAUGGAGACCCUCUAUUAACAGUUCGUUCAAUUCCUUACCUAUGAUCAACAACACAACUCUUCUCAGUAAGUGUUGAUUGGAUUUUCCCUUGACAUUUCUUUUUUUGUUCAGAUCGUAUUGAAACGUUCUGGAACAAUGAAGCAAUUAGAGAAAGGUGAGGAUUAACGGAUAAUCGGUUAACUACCUUGAGAAAAAUCCUUUUUUUUUUUUUUUUUAGAGAAAAUGUUACUUUCACCAAGUUGUUUCGCAUUGCGUGUGGGACUUGGUCUAAAAGGCGAUAACACUUGAAAAAUAUUUCUUGUUGUGUUCAUGAAGCCUAGGGCUGCACUGAGCCAUCCCUCAAAUGAUUUCCUUUCGAAAUGGUCGUUUUCUUUUCUCUUUUAUGAAAAAUCUCUCUUAACUCAAUUGAAUAUCUUCUUAAAAAUGCGCAUGAAAAGCUUUUUAUCUAGAAAACUUUACACAUCUGCCGACACCUUCACCAUAGUGCUCACACUGGAAAACAAACAGAAACACAAAUAAAAGCAGCUAUACCCCACAAUACUCGGCCCUUCAGGACAGUUCAUGGCAAAAAAAAUAGUUGAUUUAUUUAUUAUACUUACAAUUUCAUGCUUAAACCCCAAAUUAGUCUGUACACUUUCUACCUUUGACACAUGUUGUGUGUGAGGAUACCAAGCUUUUUCGGCUCCAAAUUGUAUUCAAUUUUGUGCAGUGUUUGGUUUCAUUUUCCUCCGUUUCAAUCACCCUCUAGUCUGUCUACUCUCCUGACUCGCCAGUCACUGUUUUGUGACCGAUUUCACUGGAUAAUUCAUGCCAUUCAUUUGUUUUGUCUUUCUUAUUAUUAUUCAUUUUUUUAGUUUCUUUGUAAUUAUCUUUGAGAAAAUUGUAAGAGUUCGUGAAAAAUUUAGCAUCUGUAUUUCGUGAUUGGAUUUAUAAAACUCUGGGCACGCAUUUUUUGUAAAUUUAGA